CAAAAGGGAGUUGCGUUGGCAAAACACCAAGUUCACCAUCAUCACCGUUUAAGACUGUAGAGGAACUCCCUUUUAUAGCUGUUAUUAACACGAAAUCUUUCGCAUUUGAGUCAAGCACUCCGAGAUAAGCCGCAAAGAUGUUGCUCUCCGAAGAACCCGCAAUUCUCAUUCAUCAUACCAUCGAAAACUUCAACAUCGCACCAGACAAACUUGCCGUCUCCCGUGUUACAGAGUCACUUUCGACACUCCAACAAGCUCGCGACCUUCGCGUUCGUGAGGCAGAAUCCUCACUGAAGAAGCUCUCUCGUCAGCUCGCCACACACACAUCGCGACACGACGACCUCGUUGCGUCACACUCAUCAGCGGAUCACGCGUCCAACAUCGCACGCCUAGACACCCUGAAAUUUCGUACCGCCAAAGCUGCCGCUGAUGCUGAAACCGACGCUGAGCGCCUUGCUCUGACGGCCGCUGACCUCAAGGCUCGUCUUCGCGAGCUGGAGCUUCAGGGCGUGGAGGGCGAUGCGGCAGCUAAUGCUCGACGCAGAGAUCCAGUUGAUGACGAGGUGCUGCUGAGGCUCAAGGUGUAUCGAAGCCUGGGCAUCGACAUUGAGAGGGACGAGAGGGAUGGUGAGUGGUCCAAGGCUGUUAUUCGGAAUGAUCGCAAAGGGGACGUGCAUGUUGUCAACAUGGACAAGAAGUUCUCGCGGUUCUUUUACGCAAACUACUUCUGGCAGACUCUCUAAGAAGACAAUCCCUUCUUUUUGGUUGGCCAAUGUUAUCAUGAUAAUGUAUUUUUUCGCUGGGUUGGCGUUGGAGGCGUUGCAGAUACCAGGAAUAGGACGUUGCAACCAAUAUAUCAUUUCAGUAUACGAGCAAUGGCAGAUUAGAAUUCGCCCCUGUCGUUUUCUUUCGAAACGGCAUUGAUAUCUUAUUUUUGCAUCAUCAUAAAUCCAGAUAAUUGACAAAUUCUCGCUCAAACGCCAAUGGAAACCCCCAUAUUACCAUUUAACUGUGACACUUUUGGUCCCGUGCCAUUUACCUCCUUAACCACAACCUUUCAUUAGAUCAUUAUAAUAGUUUACACGAUCGCGCAGAGAGUCUGAGUCGUUCUUACGCAUCGACGACACCCUGAGUCGGGAGUUUUUUCAGUCCCUUUGGAGAAGUUUUGAGGCUUGGAAAGUAACUGUCAAUGAAUGACUUGUUUGUAAAAGCGAUCCGAGGGCCAGAAGGUGUCCUUGUACGGGAGCUAUUAGGAGAUGCUAAGCGUUUUGCUCCUGGGCUUCGGUUGCGACCCUUCAUCAUGAGAUACCCGCCUUCUCCUGGUGUCGUGGGGCCACCAGAUGGGGAACGAUGAUGAUUUCGCCCAUGGUGUUGCUUGUCAGGUAAUUCAAGUCGUGAGUUUAUGGUAGUCCAUGUUUCAUCGUCACCGCCCAGGCGCCAGCCACCAACACCUUCGAAGUCUCGCUCUGGACCAAUGCUUGGUAGUAAGCCAAGUCCCUUUUCGCUGAUUGGAGUGGUAGUGCCUGCCGUGGAUAGAGCACUGGAGCUUCUUCUAUGCCGACGGCGUCGCAAAGAGGACUCAAAUGCUGUUGAACCAGCAGAAGCAGGUAUAGGAUUGGUAUAGAGCGUUGCAGGUGACGGUUCGAGGAGUUGAUGGUGAGGAUGAUAAGUAUUUGGAUGGUAAGGGCGAGUCUUACGUCCACCCAAAUAAUGAGGAACGAAGGAGAGAGCAACGUCGAGAUACACUGCCAGAACUCGGAGGAUGAGAACAGAGAAAGCGAUAGUAGUUGUGAUACCAGCGAAGACAGCAAGAGGAACCGUGACAACAAACAGGAAGGGCACGACGAAGGCGUAUACAGGGUUGAGGAGUGCCAUAUUGAUGGUGUUACAGAACGAGACUAGCAGCACAUGACCACAGCGACUUCGAAGAGUGCUGUAUAGAGGCGUGGAGGUUAUCGACGAUGUAAUUAGCGGUUACAGAUGGGGGCACGGGCUAUAAGGAGAAAGAAGAUGUGGAAAUGAAAGAAUGAGAAGCAAGAGGAAGAAGAAGGAGAACCAAGAGGAGGGCGACUAGUUGGUGUAGAGUACCGAUAUGUACAUAGAAUGGAUGGAUGCCGCUCUAGGACGAGAUAUGCGUCGACAUCCCCCAAAGCCGUGAUAGGAUAGAUUGUUUCCGGGGAGCGAGAAAAGAUGCGCCGCGGAGGGGUUAGGUGCUUGAGCCGGCGAGAAUGUAGCGUCGGUGUACGGUGAAUGUGACUCUACAGGGUUGCAUCGAGCUGUAGCUGAAGCAAAGUAGAAGCCGUAAUUAUAUGUAUCUCGGGAGAUGGGAAGAAAAGAGGAGAAGGCAUAAGGUAAAGGAAAGCG